AUGACCGAAGUAAGCACAAACACAAACACAAACACAAAUGAUAGUUCUGUGAAGAACAACGAUGAGAAUGAUAAGAAAAAGAAGUUAAAAUUUCAUUCUGGCGGGUCAAAGUCUUCCAUCCUUCCAAAAAUUUUUGGUUCGAAAUGGAGAAAAAGAACUGAUGAAGAAAUAUUUGGGAGAAAUGAAGUUGUUCUUGAUCUUGAAAAGAGGAUUAUUUCAAGGAGGAGAGCAAUUUUUAUGGACGCAUCUCCUUAUAUGACAAAAAGCUUCUCAGAAAGACAUGGAACAACACGCGGGGAAAGCCUCAUACUCUCUAACUUUGAUGGUAGAAUGUCCCCAGUAGCAGAAGUUCAUGAGUGCAGGAUAUUUGUUGCAACAUGGAAUGUGGGAGGUAGAAGCCCUCAUAAUGGCCUCAACCUUGAAGAUUUCUUGCAGGUGGAGGGCUCUUCAGACAUAUAUGUCUUGGGGUUUCAGGAAAUCGUUCCUCUAAAUGCAGGAAAUGUUCUAGUAAGUGAAGACAAUGAACCCGCAGCAAAAUGGCUUGUACUAAUAAACCAGGCCCUUAACACUAACAGACCAUUAGAAGUAGAAUCGAAUUUCCAUUCUUCUGACUCAAACCGUGGCUCAACUCACAACAAUAGCAACACAAAGGAUUAUAAAUCUCAAGGAAGCUUCUUCUCCCAGAAAACUUCUUUCAAAGCUCUAAGAAGGAAGUUGAGGGGAGAUAGUAGCCACCUGAAGAGCUGCAAGUGCAAUAAUUCAUUUCGGGAUAGAAGAAGAAUGACAGAGAUAGACGAACUCCUUCAAAGAGGUGGUGGAACCACAUCUCUCCAAAUCCGUCAUAAGAACUCAAAUGAAGAUCUCUUUUCUGCUACAGAUGGACUUUUAUCGCCGACCCAUGCCAACUACCGCCUUAUAGCCAGCAAACAAAUGGUGGGCCUUUUCCUCUCCGUGUGGGCAAGGAAGGAGCUAGUGCAACAUAUCGGCCACCUCAGACUCACCUGUGUUGGGAGAGGGAUCAUGGGCUACCUUGGUAACAAGGGAUGCAUAGCAAUUAGCAUGACAUUACACGAAACGAGCUUCUGCUUUGUAUGCAGUCACUUGGCUUCAGGAGAGAAGGAGGGAGACGAGCUCAGAAGGAACUCAGAUGUAGCUGAGAUCCUCAAGAGUACGCAGUUCCCCAAGAUCUGCAAGAACGGAAGGAUCCCUGAGAAUAUCUUAGAACACGACCGAGUGAUUUGGCUGGGAGAUUUAAAUUACCGGAUGGCUCUUAGCUAUGAAGAAACGAGGGUCUUAUUGGAGGAUAAUGAUUGGGAUGCUCUUCUUCAAAAAGAUCAGUUGAAUAUAGAGAGGGAAGCCGGAAGAGUAUUCACAGGGUUUAACGAAGGGAGGAUUAUGUUUGCUCCUACCUACAAAUACUCACACAACUCUGACUCUUAUGCUGGAGAGACCAUCAAAUCCAAGAAAAAACGUAGAACCCCUGCAUGGUGUGAUCGAAUAUUAUGGUUUGGCAAAGGCAUGGAACAGUUAUCUUACACCCGUGGGGAGUCAAGAUUCUCAGAUCACAGACCUGUUUGCGCAGUCUUUAUAGCAGAAUCGAAGUUGAGGGACAAUAGCAGGGUUAGGAUGAAGGGAUUCUCAACUCUUGGAACCAGGAUGGAGUAUGAGGAUUGCAUACCUCAAAGACAUAGCUUCUACGAGUUUUGA